AUGCCGGCCGCCCUCUCUUGCCUUCCCCUUCUUCGUGGAAUCAAAGCGAUCAAGGUCCCCGUCAACGUCGUCGCCUGCAACAGCCCGACGACCGCGACGGUGCUGGGUACGUCCGCGGCAAGGUGGGGUGGUAGCUCGUCGGUGCUGGUGGAUGGAUGGGACUUCACCUCCCUCCCCAUACCUGGGCGGGCGCGAGGACUAGUGGCUGAGUGGCGCGUCGGAAUGACAGCCCUGCUACGAUUUGCUCGCAGGAGACCUGAGCGCGACGGUGCUGCCGUCGUCUCUGCUCAUCGUCUUCAUCGAUUG